GUGAGCCGCCUGCUGGUUCAUUUCUGCACCAGACUCAACUCAGGUCACAUCUGAGCCGCCAGCAGACAUGAAGGUCCAGCCGAAGGGGACCCAGGCGGCCGGUUGAUCUGCACACGUCCAUCAGGCAGGUGACGGCGGGUCUGUUUCGCGUGUGUCAUGUCGCGGAAUGUACACUUUGGAGGUGACACCUUUCAGAGGAGGCAGGUAGCGAGGAGACUAGCCGGCUAGCCGCUAACGGUAACUAGCUAACAACACGGGACGCUAACGCUAACCAGCUAACACGCCGCGGCUUCUGUUCUUAAGCAAGUGACUCCAUGGAUACCAACACGGUGGGGGUCCACCAUGAAGACCUGAUCACAUGAAGAACUGAUCACAUGAAGACCUGAUCACAUGAAGACCUGAUCAUAUGAAGCUCACCUUGGAGCCGCCAGGAGGACCUGAGCACUAGGUCUUUCCCCUCAGGAGGAGGACCUGAACCCGAGGAGGACCUGAGCUGUAGGUCUGUCCCUCUGAGCUCUAGGUCUGUCCCUCUGAGCACUAGGUCUGUCCCUAAGUCUGUUCCUCUGAACCCGGACUAGCGGCUGCUCGUGAGGAGCAGCGGGUGAUUGACAGCCUUCAGCCCGCCAUCCGGAUCAGGCUGCCCGCGGACCAGGAAUGGAUGACUGGCGGGGAGAACCUUCCAGAUUAAACCACUGGUACUGGUCCCGCUGACCAGUUAACCUGUGGUGAGGAGUCAACAAGUCGUGCUGUCAACAAGUUGUGUUUAACAACAAGUUGUGCUAUCAACGUGUCCAACGCCCGCGUCCUGCGGCGCGAAAUGAAGCAGAGCGAGAAUAGGAACAAGAGGAAGCUGAGCAACAUGGACCCGCCCGGGGAGAACAUAGACAGACCCGGGGAGAACAUAGACAGACCCGGGGAGAACAUAGACAGACCCGGGGAGAACAUGGACCCGCCUGGGGAGACCAUGGCCCGACCCGGGGAGAAGGACGCGAAGGAGUUUGUGCUCCCCCCACCGCUCCUCUUCAGGAAGCUGAGUAACCCGGACCUGUCCCCGGCCGCCGCCGCCGUCACCAAGUCCCAACUGCACCGUCAGCUGAGCCAGGACGAGAACCGCGUCCGCCGCGGCAGCAUGGCCAUGACCGGUAAGCAGCUGCUUCCACUGUCCAGCAGCCUGCAUGGCGGGGUGAGCCAGCUCUGGCAGGUCCCGGCGGGGGGGCUGGCGCCUCCCCUGGGCCCUGGGGAGGGCAACAACCUGGUGUGGAUGAGGAACCAGACCCUGGGGCAGUCUGCCCCUUCGCUCACCGGGCUGAAGGAGCUAAGUCUUCCGCGGAGGGGUAGUUUCUGCAGGACCAGCAACAGGAAGAGUCUUAUUGUGACGUCCAGCACCUCUCCGACCCUACCGAGACCUCACUCCCCUCUGCCGGGACACACAGGGACCAGCCCCCUAGACAGCCCUCGCAACUUCUCCCCCAGCACCGCUGCACACUUCUCCUUCGUUCCUGCACGGAGUCACGGCCACAGAGCGGACAGGACGGAUGGCAGACGCUGGUCCCUGGCGUCCCUCCCUUCCUCUGGUUAUGGCACCAACACGCCCAGCUCCACUGUCUCAUCCUCCUGUUCGUCCCAGGAGAAGCUGCACCAGCUCCCCUUCCAGCCCACGCCGGACGAGCUCCACUUCCUCACCAAGCACUUCAGCUCGGAGAGCAUCACCGACGAGGAGGGGCGCCGCUCGCCCAACAUGAGGCCUCGCUCCCGCAGCCUCAGCCCUGGGCGCUCCCCCAUCUCUUUUGACCAUGAGAUCGUGAUGAUGAAUCAUGUGUACAAGGAGAGGUUCCCCAAGGCCAGGGCUCAGAUGGAGGUGCGCCUGGCGGAGCUGCUCUCGUCCUCGGCCCCGGACACGGUGCAGCCGCUGGCGGACGGGGUGCUGAGCUUCAUCCACCACCAGCUGACGGAGCUGUCCAGGGACUGCCUGCAGAAGAGUCGCGAGGGCCUCAUCACCUCGCGCUACUUCUACGAGCUGCAGGAGAGCCUGGAGAAGCUGAUGCAGGAUGCCCACGAGCGCUCUGAGAGCGUGGAGGUGGCCUUCGUGACGCAGCUGGUCAGGAAGCUGAUGAUCGUGAUCGCCCGGCCCGCUCGCCUGCUGGAGUGUCUGGAGUUCGACCCCGAGGAGUUCUACCACCUGUUGGAGGCAGCAGAGGGCCACGCCAAGGAAGGCCAGGGCAUCAAGUCGGACAUCCCCAGAUACAUCAUCAGCCAGCUGGGGCUCACCAGAGACCCCCUGGAGGAAAUGGCCCAGCUGAGCAGCUAUGACAGUGGCCACCCAGACACCCCCGAGACCGACGAUUCAGUAGAUGGCCGAGGCGCCGCAGUCCCCGCCCCGCAGACCAAAACCAAACCGCCGCGCGAGGAAGACUUUGAGAACAUCAAACUCAUCAGCAACGGGGCCUAUGGGGCGGUGUUCCUGGUGCGCCACAAGGAGACGCGUCAGCGCUUCGCCAUGAAGAAGAUCAACAAGCAGAACCUGAUCCUGAGGAACCAGAUCCAGCAGGCCUUCGUGGAGCGGGACAUCCUGACCUUCGCCGAGAACCCCUUCGUGGUGUCCAUGUUCUGCUCCUUCGAGACCAGGAGGCACCUCUGCAUGGUCAUGGAGUACGUCGAGGGCGGGGACUGUGCCACUCUGCUGAAGAACAUCGGCGCCCUGCCGGUGGACAUGGCCCGCAUGUACUUUGCAGAGACGGUCUUGGCCCUGGAGUACCUGCACAACUACGGCAUCGUGCACAGAGACCUCAAACCCGACAACCUUCUGAUCACGUCCAUGGGCCACAUUAAGCUGACCGACUUUGGUCUGUCUAAGAUCGGUCUGAUGAGCCUCACCACUAACCUGUAUGAAGGCCACAUCGAGAAGGACACCAGAGAGUUCCUGGACAAACAGGUGUGCGGCACGCCGGAGUACAUCGCCCCAGAGGUCAUCCUGAGGCAGGGCUACGGCAAGCCCGUGGACUGGUGGGCCAUGGGGGUCAUCCUGUACGAGUUCCUGGUGGGCUGCGCCCCCUUCUUCGGGGACACCCCGGAGGAGCUGUUUGGACAGGUCAUCAGCGGUAAGCCGGUGGCGGCGGGCGUCCCCCUGAACACAGGGCUCUCUGUCCGGGGGGGCGUGCGGUCGGUGCGAGGCCACAGACGGCGGUGA